ACUAAGGAUCCAAAGCAAGGUCAGUGACCUGCAGUGAGAGUAGUGAGGAAAUGGGUGCCGCCAACGUUCUGUUCUUCCUUGCUUUGCUUUCCUUUUCAGCUGUGUCUACAUUUGCAGAGAAUGAGGAAGACCCAGGCCUUGUUAUGAACUUCUACAAGGAUACAUGUCCUCAGGCUGAAGAAAUCAUCAGAGAGCAAGUUAAGCUUCUGUACAAGCGCCACAAGAACACUGCAUUUUCUUGGCUGAGAAACAUUUUCCAUGACUGUGCUGUUCAGUCAUGUGAUGCUUCACUGCUGCUGGACUCCACAAGAAGGACCUUGUCUGAGAAGGAGACAGACAGGAGCUUUGGUCUUAGGAAUUUCAGAUACAUUGAGACCAUCAAAGAAGCUGUAGAGAGGGAGUGUCCUGGAGUUGUUUCUUGCGCAGAUAUUCUCGUGUUGUCUGCUAGAGAUGGCAUUGCUUCGCUUGGAGGCCCUUACAUCCCUCUCAAAACUGGAAGAAGAGAUGGCAGAAGGAGCAGAGCAGAUGUUGUUGAGGAGUAUCUUCCUGACCACAAUGAGACCAUCUCUGCCGUCCUGGACAGGUUUUCUGCCAUGGGUAUUGACACCCCUGGAGUCGUUGCCCUGCUAGGAGCUCACAGUGUCGGCAGAACGCACUGUGUCAAGCUGGUGCACCGUUUGUACCCAGAGGUCGAUCCUGCCCUCAACCCUGACCAUGUUCCACACAUGCUCCACAAAUGCCCUGAUCAAAUUCCAGAUCCAAAGGCUGUGCAGUACGUGAGAAACGACCGCGGCACACCCAUGAUACUGGAUAACAACUACUAUAGAAACAUACUGGACAACAAGGGCUUGUUAAUUGUGGAUCACCAACUGGCUUAUGACAAGAGGACCAAGCCUUAUGUGAAGAAAAUGGCCAAGAGCCAAGACUAUUUCUUCAAGGAGUUUGCCAGGGCCAUUACCCUCCUUUCUGAGAACAAUCCUCUCACUGGUACCAAGGGUGAGAUCAGGAAACAGUGCAAUGUUGCGAACAAGCUUCACUAAAAUGCUUUGGUACAACCACCAUCUCAUCUUCUCUUCCUAGUUUACGUGAGGGAUAGAAGAGAGCAGAGUGUGGCAGAAUAAAAUGGUUGUUCUAGUCCUGGACCAGUUUGUUAAUGUGCAGUGAUCAGUAAUAUCAGGGGUACUGGUAUGAGAUGAUCAAUCUGGUGACUUUGCUCAUUACAUGCCCUGUUAUUUUAGCAUAGCUAGGUUUCUCUUUUGUUGUUGCUGAGGUUGAUGUUGGUAAUGGCUCUGGUGGAUGUAUGUAUGUAUGUAAGGAUGGUGUUGAUGGUGUAUGAUGCAUGGAUUUCAAUGAUUUAAUACAUUUGAUGAUUCAUGCUUGA